AUGGCGGUCCGUGUGGUUAGAGCAGGUAGCAUCACUCCGUGUGCGGCAGAAGCAGAUACGGCGGAAGCAGGUGCAAUAGAAGCAGAUGCAAUAGAAGCAGCUGCAGUAGAAACAGACACAAUAGGAUCAGACCUGAUAGAAGCAGGUGCGCUAGAAACAGCAGCAGAGGAGAAGGUGUGGGUGCGGAUAGACGUGUCGGACACGGGCGUGGGCAUCUCCUCCGAGGCGAUGGCGAGGCUGUUCACGCCGUUCCGGCAGGUGGACGACUCGUCGUGCCGCAAGCACGGCGGCACGGGCCUGGGUCUCUCCAUCUGUCGCUCGCUCGCCGCGCUCAUGGGGGGCUGCAUCUCCGAGGGAGGAGAGGGGGGGUGCGACGCUGUGUGGGGCGUGGGAGGAGCUGGGGGAGGGCUGGGGAGAGGGAGGGAACGGAAGGAGAUGGAGGGAUGCAGGGAACAGGAAGUUGAGCGAGGGGGUGGGAAGGGCAGAAGACGGGUGGAAGGAACGGGCCCUCUAUCCUGCCUGCCUCCCUUCUGGCACGUGCAACAGCAGCAGCAGGUGGAGGAUGAGAAUGAGCAGCAGCAGCAGCAGCAGCAGUGGCCACAGGGGGACAUGUGCGGAGAGGGGGAGCAGAUGGGUGGCGGGGAAGGGAUGGAAGAGGGGCGGGAAGGUGGGGAAGCAGGCAAUACGUGUCGACUGGAUGCAAAUGGAGGGGCGGGGUUAUGGAUCCCGGACAUCAGGGGGGAAAUCUGGAAAGUGCAGAGGGAGAGGUUGCUGCAAGGAGGACCGAGAGAAUGUGCGAAGGGCGUGGACCUGAAGCUGAGGAGGAUGGGAAGGGGGUUGAAGGAGCUUCAGAGGUGGGAGCAGGAAUGGAAAUGA